AUGCAGCUGUUGUUGCUGACAUCACUUGCCUAUACGCCUAAUAGGCCCAUCCGUCUAAGUACCGUAUACCUGGGAACGCACCUCGCCCAGUGCACUACCCCAACUCUCUAUAUGCCAGCACAUCCCGUGGCUUGGUUCAUGAUACAUACGCUCCUGCUCAUCCUGAAGCUUGUCAAAGGUUGGCGAAUUGAAGCUAUUGCUGCGAUCUAG